ACUGCCCGGCUGGCCGCCACUCCCGCUCUGCCCCCGAGCGGCGCAGUGCCGCCAGUCGAGAGGCAACCGCCGCCCGAUCGGUGUCUUUUGGAGAGGGGAGCGUUCCAGCCGGAGCGUCCCGACCGGACCGGGUCUCGGAGCGGCGGCUGCGGAUCAGUCAUGGAGGAUCUGUGUGGCACGGUCAGGGUCAGCGCCGCCUGGCAGCGCCGUCAGAUGCCGUCCGUUUGCUGAUGAGAGGUUAACCCGAACGGCCGCGCAGUGACCAUCGGGGACGGUGGCACAGCCAGGGUCCACCCGGAGCGGGCCGCCAGCUCGGCGCUCGCCGAUCUGCACCUGAACAGAAGGCCCGCCCGACGCUUGGACAGGGUGCCCGUAGUCGCCGGACCGACGACCGAACAGCCAGCCAUGCUGAUCGUCACCUACUGCUGCUGCGGCUGCCCGCUGGACGACGGCACGCGCAAGAUCGGCUGGUACAUGGUGACGAACCACAGCCGCCGGAAGGCCGGCGAGCCCGUGCGCUAUCCGGUUUGUGUGCGAACUCCCGGUAGGGUGGGAGGUGCGUAUGUCUAGAUCAAAUUAACUACGAGAGGCACAUCGCCCGUGGCAGACCAGUGGAUGUUGGCUUUGAUGUGCUGUGUGCUGCGUGGCUUUCGAAAUAGCAUCAACGAGUGUGGCAAGUGCUGUUUGUGAGAAGCAAGUCUCUGGUAAAAAGCAUGCGCAACAUUAUAGAGAAGAGCUUUAGUAGCAUACUUUGCAUAGAAUACGAGUACAUGGUAAAUGUUAAUUCAAUUGCGGCAGACAAAUUGUCGGAUACAAAAACAAAGUUUCCACGGGCAGUGCUGGCAGUGCCAGAUUGACAUAUCUGCACACUUCGUCACAAUCAUACUUAAAAGUGCAUAACGCUCACUGAGGUGUACCAUUCACGUCCGGAUCUGUUAGCCUCGUCACGGAUUGGUCACGAAGUCUCUCACGCACAUCGUAAGUUGUCUUGUCGCACUGUGACACUGUGUGCGUCCAAAGCGUGCGCGCAUUCCACCAGUUGUCCAGUGACACAGUCCACUAACUGCAUGCAGGCCCCUAACUGCAACUAAGCGCACCAGCUGACUAGCCGAGACCGUCCGCCGUCUCUCUAAACUGCCUGCCCACCGGCCUGCCGUGACCUCUGACCCUGUGACCCCGCGCGCUGACCCGCCCCGGCCGCGCCGCAGGUGGCUGGCCUGCUGCUCGCCACCAUCGACAUGUUCAAGCUGGCCAUCCUGAUCAAGGACCCGGAGCUGGCGCAGACCAAGCAGCCGCCAGAGCUGCUGAAGCACUUCUCCGCCGACGAGGUGCUGGCGGCCAAGAAGGCGGCACUGGUGGCGCUGAUGGUGGUCGAGGGCACGCUGAUAGUGUUCGGCGCGCUGCUCAUCUGCGCCGUCAACUGCCGAGAGGCGUGCUUGGGCUCGCUGGUGCUCGGCUACCUGGCGCUCGACACGCUGGUGGUGGCCGGCCAGCUGUUCCUGCUCUUCUACGAGCCGAGUCUCAUCUACCCGAUCUCGUCGCCGAGUCUGGACGAGCCGGCGGACGGCCAGCCGGCCGGCAGGGGCAGCGCCAGCUUCUUCCACUACUGCCACGGCUUCUUCGUGGCCGUCCAGUGUCUGAUGCAGUGCUACUUUUGCCGCGUGGUGCUCUCCUAUCUGUGUAGGACCCACUGUCGACAGCAGAGGGCCUAGGGUCUCACAGAUGGGCACCGCCUAGGACACUCGGUUGGUUGUUAUUGCAUGAUGCGCGACUUUUGUAUUAUGUAGGUGGCUGGCUGGUACUGUAUCUGAGAGUCACCUGACCAAAUCGGACCGGAAGAGAUGUCUAAUUAAUUUUACCAGAAACAAGAGUGAAUGUUCCAAUUCCCUUUUUGAGAAAGGGAGCUCCUAUUCAGUGGCAAAAAAGUAUCGUCUGUAGAUUAUUCUCAUCUCGUGAGUGAUCCCUUACGAUGAAAGUGAUCAGUAGACCGGCAACACAGUCGUGGUGCAUUAGCAAGUGUGCAUCCAUUUAACCAGAUACAACAGUUACUCUCGAACUACAUUAACUUAUGCGCGACCGACUCUUAGGAAAUAUAAAAUAAGCGCCCUCGAGGGAGACACGAUCUCUUCACGGGGGAUUCUACCAUGAAAACGAAAUCAGUUGAAUAAUGGAUUGGAGAGAAGAAGCUGACUCCCUAAUUUCUUAACUAUCAAAAUACACCACACGCCCCAGUCUGUGGUGGCGAAGGUCGCGUUCAUUUGAGCAUGAGCAGGCAUUGAUAAAUGCUCAAACUGAUUAUAUUAAAGCAGGUGCGAGUUCUAAGCUCACCUCUUCAUAAUAUUUACAAAAAAGCCAGUUGGUUGAGUGUUUGAACAAAGUGCAUAUCACAAAAUUAUGCAGGAGGCAUCGACUGCUAUUCCCAAAUGGCUACAGAAAACAUAGCAUAUCUGAAUGUGAUUUCAUAUUAUGUGUCUAUGAAGGGAAAUGCACUCCAAUGAAGUAGAAACCGUGUAUUGUUACAUAAAUAGUAGUGUGUACUAUGUUACACACAAUCAUACACAACAAUUAUCUUUUUUUCUAUAGAACAUUUCACUCACAGCCACGUCUUUUGGUAGGCAGAUACAGGCUAAAUAGAUGAUGAUGUAAACAUUUUAUUUUAGCAUCAUCCCCCUGAACUUGAUUUUUUGCGAUUUCUAUAAAUUACUUGAUCGGUUUAAUGACAUAGUUACGCAAGCUGUUAUUUUUGGUGCGCGGUAUUAGAGAAAAGUUUUUUUUUUUCAAUUUUCAAUUCAUACUCACUAAUAGGUAUAACAUAUAAAGACCGUAUUUCGGGCUCGCGUUUCCUAGUACAAUAGGUAAUACGCAUCAUUGUGGACCCGACAGGAGACAUGCUUAGUGUAAAAAGAAACAAUAUUGUCCUUAAAUGUGUCAAUAGUUUGUUUAUUUAAAUGUCCAGUGGUGUGUGCAAGGGAAGUUAUGAUUCGUGUGUGUCGUUUGUCUUAUCUGUGGCAUUUCAGGGACUGUGAUAUUACUUGCAUGAGAAUAAGUGGCAUGACUUUAUUCCCAGUUAGACAAAUAAUUGUAUCGCAUGUAAGUGCACCAAUGAGUUAGUAGUGAGUUAACCCGCGCCACGCUGGGG